CGGCCUCCGGGCCGAUGGGCAGCCUGCUGAGCGGAGUCAGCUUCAAGGAGCCCACCACGGUGGAGGACUGCGACUCCACCUGGGAGACCGACUCGGAGCCCGAGGCGGCGGAGCCGCGGCGGCAGGAGGGGGUGUGCGCCGCCGCGGGAGGCGGGGAAGAGCUGCCCGAGCCGCCCGCCGCCGACUGCCGGCCCCGGGAGCCGCCGCCGGCCCCGCCAGCGCAGGACGACGCGGAGCGGGCAGAGGCGGACGCCGCCAGCCCCGAGCAGAGUGCUGAUGGAACUGAGCUGACAGCCAAGCCAAAGAGAAGCUUCUAUGCAGCAAGAGAUUUAUACAAGUACCGACACCAGUAUCCAAACUUUAAAGAUCUUCGGUAUCAAAAUGACUUGUGCAAUCUGCGGUUUUACAAAAAUAAAAUCCCAUUUAAACCUGAUGGGGUUUAUAUUGAAGAAGUCCUAAAUAAAUGGAAAGGAGACUAUGAAAAACUGGAGCAUAACCACACUUACAUACAGUGGCUUUUUCCACUGAGGGAACAAGGUCUGAACUUCUAUGCUAAAGAAUUAACUACAUAUGAGAUUGAGGAAUUCAAGAAAACAAAAGAAGCAAUUAGAAGAUUCCUUUUGGCUUACAAAAUGAUGCUGGAGUUUUUUGGAAUAAAACUAAUUGAUAAAACUGGAAACGUUGCACGAGCUGCUAACUGGCAAGAAAGAUUUCAGCAUUUGAAUGAGUCUCAACAUAACUACUUAAGAAUCACUCGAAUUUUGAAAAGUCUUGGUGAACUUGGAUAUGAGAGUUUCAAAUCUCCCCUGGUAAAAUUUAUUCUGCAUGAAGCUCUUGUAGAAGAUACCAUUCCCAACAUUAAGCAAAGUGCUCUAGAAUAUUUUGUGUAUACUAUUAGAGACCGAAGAGAAAGGAGGAAACUGCUGAGAUUUGCCCAGCAACAUUAUACACCCUCAGAGCAUUUUAUCUGGGGACCCCCAAGAAAACAGAAGUCAGAAGGAAGCAAAGCAAAUAAAAAGCCAGCAUCGCCAGUUUCUAUUCCCAAUAGUCAUAUUUCUAAGCAUAAGAAACAGAAAGAGCCUAAGAACACAUCGGCAAGUGGAAGCUCAGCUGGUAAAAUAACUGAAGAAAGAAAGGUAGAAUUCACAAAAAAUGGGGAAGAAAAUGAUCAGGAUGAGCAAGAAGCAAACUGUGAUGCUGUUAGGGAGAACAGUGAAAAGAACAGUGAUGAUGAUACUGGUCAGCUUUCAAAAUCAGAAGAAAUUCAUGAUAAUUCAGACAGAAAAGAGGACAUUUCUCAUUCCAAAAAAGAUGAUGACAGUUUGAACAAUGACUGUGGAAAUCACCCAGGCGUUAUAGAGGAAGAUAAAUGUAACACGGAGAAUUCUGCAAAUGAUACAUCAGCUGAUCUCCAAGAUAACCUUGAUAAGGAAACACUUUCAGAGGGGAUCACCACAAAAGCUAAGGAUGAGCUCAAACUAUGAAUCUGAGGUUUAAAGAAAUCUUUGUUUCACUUUGAAUGAAGCAAAUUAUUCAUUGCUUCUUCAUUUUGGUUGAUAUUUCCAUCUAGUGUAAAUUCACAAGACUAUGCUUGUUGCAAAUGCAUCAGAUUAGGCUUCUGUUAGGUUAAUGAAUUUUGAUUUUUUCACCCUCAGUUUAUCAGCAGGCAAGCAGGUGUGUCUCUUUAAAACAAUUGUGUGUACUGAAAGCUAAGAAAUUCAUUAUCUUUUCCGGACAGAUUGCACAGAAAAGCUUAUCUACUUUUUAAAAUUCAUCCAGUAUUAAAAAAUAAAUAAAUAAAAUUAAAGUAUAACAACUAAAAAGCCUUGGAACAUUAGAGUUUUAAAGCUUCCUUUAAGUUUACUUUUUGUUUUCCAUUUAGGAAAUUACUAGAAAUUAUUUCAAAAAUACAGUUUUUUACCCUAGUGGUAAUUUUUUUUUAGGAACUAUGGUCAUGAUUAAUAGCAGUAUUUGCACAGUAUCUUUUACCUUAGAUUAGCAUCUUUGUUGGAGGUACUUAACGAUGGAUAGCAUAUAUCAUGUCCUGUACAUCUGGGAAUCACUGUACAUUGAAUAAAAGUUUUAACUUAUGAAGGAACUGUAUCCACAGCUUUUGGAUACAAGGGAAGUUGCACUUUAGAGUUUUUAGUCCCUGUUAAAUUUUUCCUUCUCUCAUCUCAUUUGUUACAACUAAUCUAGGGGGAGGGAUCACUUUGAUCUCUCAAAGUUUCAUCUCCGUUUGAAAGCUCUCUGUUGAAUCAGCUGUAAUUAGACAACUCUCUCAGCUGGCUUCAGCACCUGGAAAGCUUCUGGACAGCUGAAAUGCAGUGUCUUUACCACAAAACAUUCCCUGAUCAGCAAAGCCAUCAGAGAAAAGGGCAGCAGGCAUGCCAAGUUGGGUCUUUAACUUCAAUGUUUCUUGGCCAGUUUUGGGCAGAAUCUGCACAAUGCAGUGAGCUGUUGCUGGUCUCAGAGACAAAGGCAGGCCUGAUGCUUCUUUCCAGCUGUCUGUUUCCUCUCUUUGCUCUCAUAAGUCUCUUACAGUUUUAUGUUAUUUCGAUAAUCAGUGGAAACUUAAGGCAGGCCAGUCUGUUGGCUGGGCUGGAGCCCAUCAAGUAGGAAUUUCACUAUUAAGAUCUUUCCCAGCUUCUGCCGAAGAACUGUCUGCUCUCCCUGAGUAGCGUCUUCUGAUUUUCUGCUGUUCAAGUCAAACAAUAGUACCCAGCACGUUAGUUGUGCAGAAUAUGACUUAAAAAUUAAUGCAGGUACAAUUCACACUUCCUACAGUCCUAAAAUACUCUGAAACUUCUAUUUUCUGUUUCAAAGUGUACAUAUUAUCCACUGCCUUUAAUGUAUGUCUUAUUAAAUGUUAGGAGGCAAGAGGCUGACUACAUUUUGAGUGUCAAAAUGCUACAGGACUUUAUUGAAGGCUUAUAACUCUAAAUGAUGAACUUUUCAGGGGUUUCAGAUCAUAGACAAUAUGUUUUGUGUUCUGUUUUGCUAAUGCCCAUCAUGGCAAUUCAUCAUCCAUUUUUUUUCUCUGGGUAGCGCUGGUUCUUGGGAUCAAAUAGAGUGGCAGUGAGGGAUCUUGGUCCCUAUGGAAAAAGAGUAGGCUCUUUCCAUUCUAAGGAAGCAAAGAAGGAAGAUGUAUUUCUCUUUUUCUGCUAACAUGUGAGGAAAGGAACUUAUAUACAUGGAUUUUUAUUUUUUUUUGGGGUAACAUGGAUCAUUCAAGUAGGCAUUAAGUCUGUCUGAGAACUCCCAAAGAAUUCCAGCCACCACAUUUUUAAGGCCAGAAAGAUCCUGAGAAGCCUUUGACAGUUCCCUGGACAUGAACUGGGAUUCCCUUGUUUGUGUUUGCCUCUGACUUUCAGAACAGAAGGGGAAGGAAGUGCUGUGAUAAACCUGGUCUGUGUAGUUAAGGACUCUGCCCCUCCACAUAUGCAAAGGGAGGACACUUCAUUUUCUGCCUAUGACUGUUUCAGUCUUGAGUGCCUAACUGUGCAAACUUCAUAGAGUUGUUAUGUAGUUAUUUUUUGAGUACCAUAGGGAAAAUUAAUACUCUGUGUAUAAGGAACAUAACUAUAGCAUAGGAAGCUACACAGAGCCUUCAUUUUAUGAACUUUAGUAUUAAUGUGAAACACUGUACAGAAAAUGUGGAGUAUUGAAGUGAAAUAAGGGAUGCUGGAGGUGUUAUUAUAUUUAUAGUGUAAUUUGAUUGAACAUCAAUGACCUCAGGAGAUCUUUUGUCUACUGAACAAAAAAAAAAAAUCUUGCUCUGAUUUUAAACAAAGUUCUUGGGAUGUGCAUCGAGAAGAUUACUCUGCAGUAUUCUGUUGUCAUGACACAUCUCUCACUUAAACAUGCUUACUGGUUUGAUGUUUUUUUUAAGUAUUUAAAAUACUUUUAAUCUGACAGAGCUGUCUGCAUUAAGGGGCCGAGGUAUUUGAAAAUAUUGUCAAAAACUUUCAUACUUACACCUGAAUAUGUUUUUUUAUCUGCAACUCAGUAUAUUUCUCUGUGUUUUAAUAUAAGAGUAGUGGCAUAUCAGUUGCCUACGAAGAACUAUAAGGGACUAUGUAAGUGAGGGUUUUUGUGUCAGGUGGGCUCCUGCACUCUCUAAUCCUUGUUUUACAGCUUUAUCAACAGAAUUACUCCCAUGGGACACUAAAGCUUUAACUAACAAAUUCCGCUCUAUGUAAAAUGUGACAGUGUUUCAUUCUUUUCAUAGCGGAAUUGUUUCUUCUGAUUUUGCAAGUACUGAAAAGAAGGAUUUAUUGCAGGGCAAUCAUACAGUAUAGCCUCCCAUUGAGAUUUGCGAGGAUCAAGUGGGUGCACUGUAUGCAUUUUUGUUACAGAAUCAUGGCCUUAGCAACCAAAGCACCCCCUGCUUGAAGUUUCUAAGUAUUGGUUUUCAGGUUUACAAUAUAUAUACAGUGUAUAUAUAUAUGUGUUGAAAUGACUGUAUCCUCAUAGAUGCCAGUACAUAGUUGUUUAACCAUUACUUCAGAAACUGAAGUGAGGGUAUGCAAAGAAAGUCAAGUCAUUUGCUUACUGUUAAAUUUCUUUUUGUCUUGCUAUGUGCUUAAGCAUUCAGGGAUUUCUGUGUACUUGUUACAAUAGUGUAUUUUGGCCCAGUGUUAGACUAGAAUCUGAGCUGUUCAUAUGUUUAUUGAACAGAACCUUCCAUAUGAAGGUUCUUUCCAAGUAAGAACAUCUGAGUAGCCUCUGGUACUGUUAAGUGGGAGUAGUGUGUACGUGCACAUACCUGUGACUUUGAUUUUGAGGCUCUUAUGGUGAGGGGAUAUGAAUGUGCAAUUUGAAACAAUGUUACUGAGUGCACAGAUGAGUACACACAAGGCGAUCAUACAAAUCAUGCAAAAAUGCAGCACUUUAAGGUUAAUUACAGCUCUGUGCCCUACUAUGCCAGACACAAGUGUGCCUCGGUACCUCAUACUGUGUUGCUGUAGAGACUGGAGGCUUGGGUACAUGAGGUGUGCAGCACAGACCAUUCACAGCAGAAGAGUAGUUACAUGUGUCAGCAUAUCUGGGAGCAGGUCUGAGGUCUUUGUGUUCAUGUUGCUCAAAUAAAAUCCUGAAGGAUUCUAAAAAUAAGUGCAAUAAUCUUUUGGGAGCUGUUCCCUGGCUUGGGUCAGCUCCUCAGUUUCUGGCUCUAAGAUUGCAGCACUCUAAUGUAUUAGAUAUUUGUAUAAUCAUCGUUAAUAUUUCAUGUAACCUAGUGUAAGCCUCCCUGAACUAUUCCAGGAUAAUUCUAAUAAUCUGCAGUUGCAUAUAUCUGUACUAUAAACAGAAGGUUUACAUACCUUAGAAGCUUUGUACAAUGUUGAUGGAUGAUCCAAUGAGGUAAGACAAGUGACAUUUACUGGAUUUAAAUGGAAAACGGCUUGUUUGUUUUUAAAUAAAAUUUAUGUCUAUCUGUUUAAUUGAGAGGUUAUUUUACACCUUUCUUUUUCUUACUGUUGUGAUGGUACUGAUCACAAUUUAUAGUUAUAUAUGUUUAAGUGAAAAUGUAAUUUUUUUACACCACACUUUUGCAGGAAACAUACAAUAUUGAAUUUCCUGGACAAAAGCUGUAUUUCUGAAUAAGAUACAAGUAUGUGAAGCAAGUUUUGCCAUUAAUAAAAGUGUGACAAUAUCAUGCUGAUGAUGUAUGUUGUCCUCAGAAUUGCCAGUGGGGAUCAGAACGAAAGAUGUUUCUAGCCUUGUGUCCUGCCUCCAACAGUGGCCACCAAAAGAUGCUGUGAAGCAAAGAAAUUAUACAGUGACCCCAUUUGUCUCCAGGAAUUUUUUGGUUUUGAAUUCAUGGUUUCUUUCAGCCUCUACAAUCCCUUGUAGCUGUGUGUUCCAUGUUUUAAUAAUGUUUUGUGUGGUGAAGGUGAUCUCUUACUUUUGUCAGAUCAGUUUAUUCAAGAAUUGCUACUACAUUUGAACACAGUACUAAAAGUUCUGUAAGGUGAAGUGUAGUCUACUUCAAAUCAGUUUUUAAAUUCCAUGGGAGAUUCUAAUGACAAAAUACCUGUUUAGACAGAAGAUUCCCCAUGUUUCUUCUGUUUUUAGGCAGAAGAUGUCUGCUUAGGCAGAAACUUGUCCUAAGUUGGUGGCAAUACCUUACUUACUUCUAAACACAUUUUUGCACAUAAAUCCUUUUGUAGACUAGUGUUAAAAGUGUAGAUUAAGUGUUAAAAGUCAGAUUCCAACUGCAGAACAGGGUUGAUUUAUUCUCUUCUUACCAGUGUGAAAGCAAAAUCAGUCAAAUGGAAAACCUAUUCCUACCCCACAUGAGUGAGGUACCUCUGGAUUUGGAGCUACCAGGAUCAAUGAAUAUAACACUGGGAUCGCAUAGAAGGUGGAAAUACUGUCUGGGGUUUGUUGAGAACUAUACUCAUCAUUCUACAUUUGUUUUGAUACAAGUUCACACUUCCAGUUGUAAUUGGAGUGACUGGUCAAAAGGUGUUUUUUAUGAUUAUCAAAGUCUGAAAACGAGGGAUGGGUCAAAAAAGGCCUAAGUAUAUACAGUCCCCUUCAAUUCACAUUAUGGUCAACACCAUAAAUUCACUACUUACAGAUAUUUAGAUACAGUUCUUCAAGGGGGGUGCACAUUGUGUUUCUGUAAUAUCUUUGUGCUCAGCAUUGGCUAUGAACUGUUUCUUUUCCUGAAAGCUGUGUUCCCUUUUCAGCCCUUGUUCUUAAGUACACUUAGUUAAGACCUUGGUGAAAGCAAAAAUUUACUUUUAAGAAUAGGUUUAUUACAUGCUGUAUGUAAUGGACUCCUAAAAUGUAGUUCAAAAGCUAUAGAGAUCAAUAGAGACCUCGUCUGGCUUUACACUUGUAAUCACUUCUACAUUUAUUUUCAAAAGCAUUAUGCUGUUUGCUGUAAGAUAAAAAAAAAUGUGAUAAUUGGCAAAUCGUUCUGAAAGAAAUCUCUUCUUAGAAAUGUGGCUUUUUAAUUCUACCAUGCUUACAAGUUCAGUGGUGUAUUCAUCAACUAAAGUUUACUGUGAAAUAUACUGAAUGUACUUACUAUUGUGGCUAACCAUGUGAAAAUUAUUGUUUUGCAGUAAAAAAGGUUAUGGCACUUAUAUUUUUGAGAUCUGCUGAAGCAUGUUUGCUAAUCAUUAGUUGCUCUUCUUUUUCUGUGUUUUAACGUAUUCCAUGGUUGUUUGCCCUUUAUGCAGUUUGAUUUCAGCAACAGAUGAUUAAGUGUAGUUUUGCACUGAUAAAAUUCAAAAAUAUCAUAGACUUCAUUGUUCAAAUGUAUUCUAAGAAAAAAGUGCAGUAAAAAGAGAAAACCCCAAAGCCCAACAAUUCUUACUUGCAAAAUGGAACAGCUCUAUGUCAGUUUUUAUGAAUGGUCCUGCUCUCUUUCUAUAUUUCUUUGCAGUAUUUAAUUACAGGAUGCUGUGCAUGUUUGGUAGUACCAAUACCAUAUGUGUGUGGUAGGAGUGGUAACCAGUUUCUGGAUUUGUAAUGCACUAUAAAGAGAUAUUUUAUAAUUCUGUACCUGUAUGGCAGUGUUAUGCCAAAAAAAAAAUGUAUAAACAUAAAAAGCAGUAGUUUAUGUUGCUUACUGCUAUAUUUUCAAUUGUUUAUAAAAUGAAAUACUUGGAUUUCCUUUCAGGUAAAUAUAUUUUUAAUAACAGCAGCCAAAAACUCUGAACUAAUAAAGCUUCUUAAUUUAGCAGCA